AUGAACAAAGAAAGCAGAAAAGAAAAAUCGAAACCAAAAUAUGAAAACGCAAAGACAAUCAAGAAAAAUAGUCGUGUGGAAAAACUCCAAAGAGACUGCAAAAUUUUAUUGAUGAUGCAAAAAUUGGUGGGAAUGGAAAUAACUAACACUCUCAAUCUACAGGACAGACUCACGGAUCUCUUCGAAGACAAAUUUGAAAGGAAAUAUCAACGACCGGCGUCACCACUUCAUUUCAAAAUGAGUCGCGUCCCGAUGUUGGACCAGGAACAAAUCGACUUUGGUGUAAGUUUCAUUAAGAAUCCAAAGAGUGUUGAUGCAGAGAGUCUACAGAACUUCCCACAAAUAUUACCACAGAAAGAUGAAGACUUGAGGAGUGAGGGUUCUAUGUUACAAAUAGAGGAUAUGCAAUUUGAAGAACAGAGUGAAGCAAAGAGUGAGGAAGACGACCGAGUGAAAUUGGAAGAGUUGGUGUUGGGUGAAUAUUAA